AUGAAGAAUUUAUGGAAACAAUGGAUUCGAGAUUGUUUAGUAAGUGGAUUUAGAAAUGUUGCGAGACAAAAGGAAAUUGGAGCAUUGCAAGAAAAUAAUUAUGAACAGAAAGAUUUAUCACUUCAAGUCUUGGCUUGUAAGAAUGUUGAUGAUAUCUGGAAUUUAUUACAAUCUAAUAGUGAACAGUUUGAUUGUGAAUAUGAACAUUAUUGGUAUUGUAUAUGGGUUACGGGUGGUAAUCAGCAAUUAAGGAAAAAAGAUCCUAAAGAAUUGGAGAGAUUACGACCUGGUUGGAAUAUAACAUUGUCGCACAUUCUGGAACAUACUACAACUGACUCAGCCGAGGGUAUUUCUGUAUCAAUUCAAGAUUUUUUAAUAACGUUUGAAAUGGUUAUGGGAUCAAUAGCGCAUUGGUAUGCAUUUUCAUUCAAAGAUUAUAUUGAUCCUAACUAUAGAUCAGGUCGUAUGCCAAUCAGAUAUGCAUUUAAAGAUUGUAUGGGAUUCAAAGAUGUUCUUGAAGACACAUUAGAAACAAUCAGAGGCUCGAGAUUCAAUUAUAGAACAUUUGAACCAGCAGAAGGCAUGGCAUAUAUAGGCCCUAGUCGGACAGCAAGAAUUAUGGCCGGAUUAAGAUUUACGGGUGGUGGGUCAGGAAAAUAUUGGUUGCCUGGACCUAAUAACUCACGUUCAUCAUUAUCUUCAGAAAGAGCGGACGACGAUGAUAAAAAUAGUUUAAAUUUUCCAGAUCCAACGCCAGACGAUGAAGUUGAAACAAUGUAUGAUUAUAGUAGAAGGUUGGGUAGAUUUGGUGAUUACAAUUUUCCAAAUAAGAAAGGUAAAGCAAGAGCAAAAGAUAUUUUCAAUAACAACGAUGAUGAUAAUGAAGAAUAUGAUUUCUUUGAAGAUGAUGAGCUUAUAAAUAAUCGUAUUAGAAAUGGGUCUUCAAGUAAAAAUCGACAAUUAAGUGAUCCGAAUGUUUCACCUUUUAGAAUAGGAUGCAUUGAUUUGGUAAGAGAAAUACCUAAUAGUGAUGGCAAAAGAUUUGAAAGAUUUAUAGAUCGAAUCGAAUCAUCGUCAUCAUCAAAAUCAUUUAAUAAAAUUAAUGAUUAUGCACCACAAACACUUCAAACACCUAAUGAACCAUUAAGUGCUUACGAAAGUGAUGUUACCACUGAUGACGAGACAGAGUAUAUAGAUAGAAAGGAAUUCAAUAAUUCCGCAAAUUCAAAUGAAUCUAAAAGCAUAAAAAAGAAAAAAGAUCAAAUUCUUGCAAUUGAUGAAUAUGGUUUUGUUUAUGAUGUUUCUGAAGAAGAAAUCCCACCAGGAGCUGAUCGAAUUAAAAGAAUAAUACAAGCACCCGGUACAGAGGAAAAAACUACACGAGUUAUUCGAUUAUAUCGUGAACGUGAGGCUAAAUGGUUGGCUAUUCUUGGUACUAUGGAUCCUAAUAUGGCAAGAGAUUCAAGAAAAAUUAAAAAAUUGGUACGCCUAGGUGUUCCAGAAUCUGUUCGUGGAAAAUCAUGGCAAUUUAUGGCAGGUGCUGAAAAGUAUAGAAAGUCAAAAUAUUAUGAUGAACUUCGAAAUCGUCCUGAGCUCCCAAUAUAUGAUGUGAUUGAGAGAGACAUAAACAGAUGUUAUCCUGAUCACAUUCAAUUUCGUAAAGAGACAGGUUCAGGACAAGAAGAUCUUCAUGAUAUUCUUAGAGCAUAUGCACACUAUAAUCCAGAUAUAGGAUAUUGUCAGGGGAUGGGACGAUUGGUUGGAAUGAUGCUUAUGCAAAUGCCAGCAGAAGAUACAUUUUGGCUUCUUGUGGCUACAAUUGAUGGAUAUAUGAGUGGCUAUUAUACACCUACUUUAACACAAAUACGCAUUGAUGCUUUUGUAUUUGAACAACUUUUAGCUGAGCAUGAUCCUAAAUUAUCACAACAUUUGAUUGAUAAUGAUAUAAUUCCAUUAAUUUAUAUGACACAAUGGUUUAUGACAUUGUUUACAAUGACAUUACCGUGGGCAUCAGUAUUACGAAUUUGGGAUAUAUUUUAUUUUGAGGGCACAAACCUAUUUUUUAGAGUAGGAUUGGCAAUAUUAGAUUGUGUUCGUGAUCAUAUUCUUAAGAAUUGUCCAACAAGUUCGGAAAUUUUAUCAUUUAUAUUACACAUCCCACAUGAAUUAUUAACACCAGAUCCACUUUUGGAGGCAACAUUUAAAAUCAAAUUAAAAGGUAGUGUAAUUAGAAGAUUGGCUAAAAAAGCAGCGAUGAUUGAAUCAGGAAAAGAAAACAACAACAACAGCGAGUCUGCAGAUAAAAGCAGUAGUAAUAAUACUAGUACUAGUAAAAAAUUAAAACAAUCUAAAAGUUCAGAAAAUGUAAAAGUUAACGGUGUAGAAUUUAAAUUAGUUGGUGAAUAA